AUGUUUGACACGCUUCUCCGCAGCGUCGUCCAGGCCACGCCGGCUGACGACAGCGGCACGUCUCUCGCGGAGAUCGACAAGGCGGCAGAUCGCGCGCUGCGGCAGCGUUUGCAGCUGAGUCGGCAAGGCGCGCCGCGGUCGCCCGACGCUGCCGCGGGCCGGGGCGCGCGGGGGGACGCGCCCGCCUCCCAGGAUGCGGCGGGGGAAGAGGCCCCGUCGUCCCCGGUGGCGGCGAAGGCCGCCACGCGGCGCUUCGAGAUUGCCGCCGAGGGCGCGGAGAACGCAGAGGGCGACGCGCGGCUCCGCGGCCGGCGGCAGGGGAUCGUGGAGGCCUCACCCCACGACUCCUCGCAUGAGGGUUCGCCUGGGGGGCAGUCGGCGGUCGGCCGGGGCAUGCUUCGGCGCGACCUGGGCCGGUCGAUAGACGAUCACGAGGAGGAGCGCAGGAGACAGGAAGAAGAGCUUGAAGUGCUGCGAACGACGGUGCCGCAGCUCAUCGGGAAGCAUCAGUACAGCGACGCCGAGGCGCUGCUGCACUUUUACCUUGACAGCUUCCCGCGCUUCGCGGACUUGUAUGUCCUCGCGGCGGAGGUGUAUGUCCAGCAGAAGAAAUACGACCAAGCGAUAGAAAUGUAUUGGGGCGCGCUGUUUUGCUCGCCCGACGACCGCACAGUGGUCAGGUCGCUGCGGGCCGUGGAGGAGCUGCGCCUCGCGCAGGUGACACGCAUUCCGCACGUCUACAAGGCUGCGCUCUUCGACUCAGGGGGCUUGGCGUACUUCAACUGCGCGGGCGCCGGCCGCGGCGCAGAAGCGAACUACUUUUCGCGGCUUCUCACGCCAUUCCUGCGCGGCAUGCGGGAGAGUGGCGCCGCAGGCCGCGGCGCGCAGGGCACGGGCGGCGGCGGGGGGCGCAACGACAGCAGCUCGAUGAACUUGCCGUUCAUCGUCGUGCGCCAGGAGAAGAAGGCCAUGUGCAUCGCGGAAGUGGCCUUCGAGCCGGGGCAGUUGGUCUGCCGGCAGCUGCCGUUCGUCAGCACCCCGGUGACGCUGGAGGGAAGCGGGAGUCACAUCUUCACAACGUGUUUCCAUUGUCUGCGCGAGCGGCGGGUCCCCGACCGCGGCUUCUCUUGCCCGAUCUCGCCGCACACCUGUCCCUUUGUCUUUUGCUCCUGGGAGUGUCUGAUGCGGAACAUCCGCGUGCACUCGCUCGAGUGUCAGCUCCUGCCCAUGAUCAUGGCGGCCGCGCGUGAGGCUGGGCUCGGCGUGACAGCGGUCUUCCACGUGUGUCGCGCGCUGCUUCGCGCGGGGCUCGAGCGCCAAGUCGUCCCUCCGCAGCAGGACACGCUCUUCCAGGUCGUGGGCGAGCUGCAGUCGUACAGCGACAGCGUCAAGUUUGGUCAGCCAGAGUUGUACCGGAAGCUGUCGACGCUGGCGCGGCGCAUCCAGAAGGAGUUCCCGCCCUCCUUCUACUGCUACCUGCAGCAGAAGGAGCUGAUCGACGUGAUGCUCAUCCUCAGCCAGUACUCUCCCUUCGUGCACAGCACGUCGCCCUCCUCCGCGGUCCAGCGCCGCGACCCCGACGCCAGCAUCGGCCUCGUCUUCUCACAAGUCCUCGCCAACUUCCAUCACAGCUGCGUGCCUACGUGCACUUACAGCCUCGACGAGGACGGAUACGUCUCCGUCCGCGCGCUCUGCCAUAUCCCGGUCGGCGGCCGCCUCUGCAUCUCCAUGGUUGAGGACCUAUUCACGCCAGCCGUCGCGCGCAAGGGCGUCGACGCGCUCCCGCGCGUCUUUGGCUGCGGCUGCGUGCGCUGCUCUGACCCCUCUGAGGGCGGCCGCAUGCUGCGCGGCGUCCGCUGCGUCGUCUGCCUGCGCGGCUACUGCUCGCCCUUUAAGUCCCGCGCGCUCCAGAAGCGCCUGCAGGCCUACGGAGUCGGCGGAGCCGAAGUCGCCCGCAGGAUCGGCGUCCUUGAAGACGCCGCCGGCUCCGGCGACGGCGGAGGCGGGGCGGGGGAUGGGGCGGAGGGCUCUGCGUCGCGCAACGGCAGUCUGUCGCGGAAGCAGAGCGGGGCUCGGCGCGGGCGCCGCGUGGAGGAAAUUUGGCAGUGCGGUCGGUGUGGGAAUUCCUCGGACUACCUCGCAGUCCACUGCGCGGCCCUCGAGGCCGAAGUUGCGCAGCUGGCAAAGAAGGCCGAGCGGCGACUGGUGCGGGGCGAGAAGCUGCCUGCGCAGAAGCUCUACGUGGACAUUAUUCGCCAGUUCAGCUCGCGCCUCCACCCGAACCACUUCCUUCUCUACAACGCGGAGGUGAUCGCGGCGGGGCUCCUCUCGCGGAAUCCGCGGCAGGACGUGCCCCAGGCGCUGGUCUACAUCCGGCGCGCGGUGAUUGCGGCCGAGGCCGUUCUGCCGAUCUGCCACCGCGAAAAGAUUCACCUCUAUAACAAGCUCGCGCAGAUCACCUUCGCGGCCUCGAUGGUCGACAAGCUGACGCGGCGCGGAGCCGGGCCCCCCAGCGGCCUCGUCCUGGAGCCCAUGUACGCGUCUCUCUGGAACGCGGCGGUGUGCUGCGGCCCGCGAAGCACCGUCGCCCUCACCGCCAUCCAGCAGCUGCGUACGUAUGCCGCGGCGCUCGAAGUCGCCACGCCGCCCGCCAUGAUCUCCGUCAAGGUCUCCACCUUUAGCGUCUUCCUCAGCUACUACAGGAAGGUCCUCGGGCGCCAGACAGACAGUGAAGAGGCGAUCCGCCGCGCCGUGGAGACCGACCCGUUCCAAUUGGCGGCAACCAUCGCGCGCCUCGGCCUCGACUGCCCUAUGUCGAUGGAAAUCCUCGCGGCCUUCAAUCAUGUCCAUCACCUCGCCUCCGGCCUCUCCAUCAUGGCCAUUGCCGCCUCGCAGUCCCGUCUGGGCCUCGUGCGCAAACUCCUCGACGUCGGCUUCGACUUUCUGCGGGGGAACGAGAUGGGGGUGACGCCACUGCUGGCGAUGGCGGCGAUGCCUCUGCCAGCAGGCGCGGUCCCAGCGCUGGGCUCUGCGGCCGCGGUCGAGAUGGAGAACCGCGCGGUAGCUGUGGAAGAGGAGGCGAAGGGAGGUGUUGACCUUUCGCAGCGGCGCCUGCAGCUGCGCUCUGCGGCGGCGGAUCGCGCUGACCGCGACCAGGCUGAGAUUGUGCGGCUCUUUCUGCGCGAGUGUGCGCGGCGCGACGAGAAGGACAGGUACAAGAAGUGGAAAGACAUGCUCAUGAAGGCCUGCACGCACCAGAUCCUCGGCAUGAACGGCCCGCUACACUUUGCCGCCGCGCGGGGGAAGCGCGAGCUCUGCCGGCAGCUGAUUCGCAGCGGAUGGAGCGUCAAGAGCAUGAACGGAGAAGGCGCGACGCCUUUGCAUCUCGCUUGCUACAGUGGAGACGUUCAGACUGUCGAGGAGCUCCUCGCGCCUCGCGUGGCGUGUCCCAACGUCACCGGUUACCGGGGGGGCGCCGAGAAGGCGAGUGCGGGCGAAUCCGAGGCGGAUCUGAAUGCGAAGACCGAGCGCGGAGAAACGCCGCUGAUGCUUGCCGCGUACGCGCUGCAGAGAGAUAUGGUACGACUGCUUCUGGAGCGAGGCGCGGACGCCAACGUCGUGGGACAGAGAGACCAAAUGACCGUCCUGCACGCGCUGGCCAUCGGCGUGUGCAGAAACUUCGAAGUCCAGUACGAGCCGCUGGACCUGCGGCAGACGCUGGAGGCGAACGUCGUCAUGGGGUUCAACCCGGGCACGCUCGCGGCGAAUAUCUACAACAAGAGCCCCGCGUACCUGCAGGUCACAGACUGCAUUGAUGACAGGAUUCCAGUGGUGUCGCGGCUGUCGCCGGAUCUCUUGAUCUUCCCUCAGGAGAUGUUGAAGAGGCUCAAAGCCGCCAACAGCAUCGGCGGGCUCCUGAUUCGGUACUGCGACCAGGAGGCGUAUGCGCGCCAGACCAAGAAGGGAUUCUCCGCGUCGGAGCUCCUCGCCCACCUCUGGGAGCGUUUUUUCCAAUUGCGCAACGUCGUCGUCACGCAGUCCGAGCUGCGGCUGGCGGCGCUGAGCUAUAGAGAGCGUCAAGACAUCGAAGCGGGGUGGAAAGCCGCCGGGCAGCUUGUGUUUAGGUUAGUUGAGCUCCUCCGCUCGGGCGGCGUGCGCGUGGAGGCGAUUCGCAGUGCCGGAGAAAUCACUCCGCGACGCCAGGACCUCGUGGAGCGCCGCCGCAAACAGCUCGAGCGAGACGCGCCUUGGGUGCUGAUGGAUGAAAUUCUCAAAAAGAAGAAAAAAGCCGAGCUGGCCGCCCCUGUCCUCAAGGGGGCGUCGCCUGCCCCAGACGCGAAGGCCGCCGCCGGCGCGCCUAAGGAAGAUCCGAAAAAGGCACUAGGGCCGCCAGGCCUCAAGGCCCCUGCGGCCGCGGAGGGGGCAGAAAAGAAGGAAGAAGGCGCGAAAGCGUCUCUACCCGCAAAGGGGCCGCCGCCUCCAGGGGGAGCGAAAGGCCCGCCGCCUCCAGGGGGAGCGAAAGGCCCGCCGCCUCCAGGGGGAGCGAAAGGCCCGCCGCCUCCAGGGGGAGCGAAAGGCCCGCCGCCUCCAGGGGGAGCGAAAGGCCCGCCGCCUCCAGGGGGAGCGAAAGCAAAAGGCCCGCCGUUGCCGGGGAAGAAAGGCCCUCCCAAGCUUCCCCCCAAGAAAUAA